CGAUUACCGGCCGACUUGUGCACAGACUUGUCGUCGUUGGUUUUUCUUCCAUGUCGCGGGCUUGUUUUUCGUUUUCUGGCUGGUUGCUAAAGAAUUAAGGAAGAUGUUUGCCGUUUCAAGGACCGUAAUAUUUUCUCCGCAAGGAGCACAAGUCCGCCAUUCUUCUGGAAAGUUGAAAGAAUUGGCUCUUCGUCUGAAAUCUAUCAAAAACAUCCAGAAAAUCACAAAGACAAUGAAGAUGAUUUCAGCUGCCAAAUAUGCUCAGGCAGAAAAGGCGUUACGACCAGCAAGAGUAUAUGGAACUGGAGCACUGGCUGUAUUCAAUAAGACUGAAAUUCCCACUGAAAAUACAUCACCUAAGCAAUUGAUGAUAGCCUGCACCUCCGAUCGUGGUCUGUGUGGACCUCUUCAUGCAAACAUCGUUCGAGCCAUGAACAGUUACGUCGAAGAGCUGCCAGAUGAAGUCGAAACAAAAGUUGUGACAAUAGGAGAUAAAUCAAAACUCAUCCUUCAAGUUACAAAUCCUAAAGACAUGUUGAUGGAAUGCAAAGAGUUGGGGAGAAUUGCUCCUAACUUUACUGAUGCAAGUGCUAUUGCUGAGGGAAUUUUAGACAGCGAUUUCAAGUUUGAUCAUGGGAAAGUUUUCUACAAUUAUUUCAAAUCAGCAAUGUCUCAAAUUAUUACUCAGCAGCCAAUUUAUUCAUCAGAAGCAGUUGCUGCAGCUCCAACUAUGGCUGUGUUUGAUUCGGUGGAUGCUGAUGUUCUUCAGAGUUACCAAGAAUUUCAGUUAGUAAAUACAAUCUAUUAUACACUGAAAGAAAACUAUGCUAGUGAACAAGGAGCCAGGAUGGUUUGCAUGGACGGUGCAACUAAGAAUGCGGGUGAAAUUAUCGACAAGAUGACUCUGCUUUACAAUAGAUCAAGACAAGCUGUCAUCACUACGGAGUUGAUCGAAAUUAUAUCUGGAAUGGCUGCCUUGUAACCAGCCAGUUUAUUUUAAGUUCAAAGAAUUGAAAUAGAAUUUUUUUUAUCAGGUCAUGAUUAGUCAGGUGUGUAUUUUAGAUAAAUUAAGCUUGGUUAGGCUCAAUUUAUCUAUGUUCACACUCGAUAAUUAUGACCUGGUUCUGGACUAAUGUUCCAAGCAUCUUAAAUUUACCAAAACCCAGUAGUCUGUUUAUUCCUCUGCAUUGAUUCUUAUCAAUAUUGAAUAAAAAUUAAAAAAUCAA